UAUAUAUAUAUAUAUAUAGCUAUAUUGCAGGCUUUUAGGGUUUUCCUUUUUAGCAGCUAAAUUCUCCCCUUAGUGUUGUAAUAAUGGGUCCAUCUUGUAGAAGAAAAACCCUUUUCAAGAAGCAGCAUCUGAUCAAGAAGCCGGAGAAUAUUCCGGCGAAGUCAGUUGUAUUGUUAGCUUCUCCGGCCAAAUCUCCGGCCAAGCCGCCACCAGAAGUGGCGAAAGUGGAUGUAUCUGGCAAUAGUAAUAGUAAUAGUAAUAGGAAUAAUGUUUGUUCGACUCCGAAAAGCAAGAGGUUUCGAAUACCGGAGAUCAAGACUUGCCCGCCGGCGCCGAAGAAGAUACGGAUAGUGACAGGUGGCAGUGGCGGCAGUUAUUCUUUGAUGAGGAGGAGUAGUAGUAGUGUUACGGCAGUACCCUAUUUUGCGCCGCCGGAUAUUGAGCUCUUCUUCUACUUUGCUCUCCGUGGUAUUCCAAUUUGAUCACCACUAAUCACAUAUAGAUACAGCUAGCUAGUGUGUGUGUGUAUUUGUGUGUUUGUGUGUGUGUAGAUCAACAAUUUCUUAUUAUUAGUUUAAUGUUCAUGUUCCCACUUUAAUUAAUUUGUUUAGUUUGCUGGUUUUCAAUAUAGCUUCUUUUUAAUU